CCGGAAGCCACCAUCAGAAAGAGACCUCAGGAGAAUCUUGACACCCCAGACAGGAGAAGACACCAGUUGAAAAAGGUGGGCAUCUCCGUGCAGAGACCAGACCUUCCGAAACUGUCAUCAAAGCAACGUGAACCCUUUGCAUUUGAACUCCUAAAAACGUGGGCACAAUCUUUUUCCAAACUUCUCAACACCAGCUACCCAGGACAAGCUGGCCCAAUAAGGGAGACUGACCAGGAGACGCUGCCCUGCUGACGUCAGAAGACCUGUCCAGGAGAAAAGGGGAUCACCAUGGAAGGAGACUGUCUGAGCUGCAUGAAGUAUCUGAUGUUUGUGUUCAAUUUCUUCAUAUUUCUGGGCGGAGCUUGCUUGCUGGGCAUCGGCAUCUGGGUCAUGGUGGACCCCACCGGCUUCCGGGAGAUCGUGGCCGCCAACCCCCUGCUCAUCACGGGCGCCUACAUCCUCCUGGCCAUGGGGGGCCUGCUUUUUCUGCUCGGCUUCCUGGGCUGCUGCGGGGCCGUCCGGGAGAACAAGUGUCUGCUGCUGUUCUUCUUCUUGUUCAUCCUGAUCAUCUUCUUGGCAGAGCUCUCAGCAGCCAUCCUGGCCUUCAUCUUCAGGGAAAAUCUCACCCGUGAGUUCUUCACCAAGGAGCUUGCCAAGCAUUACCAGGGCAACAAUGACACGGACGUCUUCUCCGCCACCUGGAACUCCGUCAUGAUCACAUUCGGUUGCUGUGGAGUCAACGGGCCUGAAGACUUUAAGUAUGCAUCAGUGUUCCGACUCCUGACUUUGGACAGUGACGAGGUGCCGGAGGCCUGCUGCCGGAGAGAACCCCAGAGUCGGGACGGGGUCCUGCUGAGCAGAGAGGAAUGCCUCUUGGGAAGGGACCUAUUCCUGAACAAGCAGGGCUGUUACACAGUGAUCCUCAACGCCUUUGAGACUUACGUCUACCUGGCCGGGGCCCUGGCCAUAGGGGUGCUGGCCAUCGAGCUUUUUGCCAUGAUCUUUGCCAUGUGCCUCUUCCGGGGCAUCCAGUAGAGGGUGUGGCCUGAAGCUUGAAGACUCACCCCGCCCACCACUGCCCAGCACCCAACGCCCUCCCCUCCCCCGCACCCCUGCCCUCUUGGCCCCGGGGGAGGAGGUGAGGCCAUCCUGAGUGGCCAGAAAAAAGGGGCAGAGGAAAAUAGCUAUUUUUUUAACAAAAGAAAAUGAAGACAAAACUAUGGACUGAUACAGCCCGUCUGGACUCGGAGUGGGCACCGCAGGUUCACUGCAUGGACCCGGGCACACCCAGGAGGCAGUCUGCACUGGAGACCAAAGCAACAGCAGGCCCAGGCCCCCUCCUCGACCCAACCAGAUCUGACAGCCAGCGACCUGGGCCCUAGGCUCACAGCUUCAGGACUGGGUGCCAAGAACAUAAGGAUGUAGGCAAAUGAAGCAAAAGAAGAUGGUGGAGGAAGCCUGGCAAAGCCCAGGGGCCCCCAGGAGACCUGGUCACUACAUCCUUGAGGAUUUGAAACCUACUCGGAAUCCCUGGCCCCCAAGGAUGGAGUUGUCCUGCCUCAGGCCGGGGCCAAGAGUAGGAUCCAGACACUGGAUCCAAGAAUGGCCCGGCUGGUAGGGUCCACGCUUCCCCAUCUCUCUGACCGAAUGACCUGGAAAGCCCAGAGAGGGGCGGUUUCUCAUCCACAGUCACACAGCACAUGCAUGACCGUUCCGAACAAGAAACCUGUCACCCCGAGGCUGCCUGUCACUUCUCCCAAGGGUCUGCUGGUCCCAGCAGAUCUGCCACUCUCACGGCUCCCUGGCCUCCACAUCCUGAUUUCCCAGGAGAGAGGGGACAAGCUGGUCAGGAGUGGCCUCCUCCCAGCUCCACAGCUCCACCCCUCCACACUCUUCUCUAAGUCCCAGGAACACACACACAUGCACACACACACCACAGCCCCUUUUCCACACUGCCCACCCUUCCUCACAAGCCCCUCUCUGGCUCCCAGGGCUGGAAGGAACCCCCUGGAUCAUCAUCUGGCUCACCUCUCCUCACUCAGAAUUGCCGCUUGGAUGCCUUCCGCAAGAUCCCUGCCAAGACUUCUCCAUCUUCUUCUUGCACACCUCCAAGGACAGGGAGCUCACUACCUCCCAAGCCAGGCUUCUCUUUGGACCGCUCUGACAGCAGCAUCAGCUCAGUACACGCGAGAGGUUUCUGCUUUCCUCUCCAUGUUCUGUCCAUGUCAUGCCACGUGUUCUCUCUCUGUCCCCAAGUGUGAAGGCCACACAUUGUCCCCCCCCGAGCCCCUUUACCCUCAGGCUAAAGAGCCCCAGGGCACCUAUCAGUUUUGCUCUGCCAAGGCUUUCUGGUCCCCUCACCGUCUGUAGCAUACAGUUCUGAGUGUUGCCUCUAGGAUCUGGCAGGGGAAGCCUUCCUCAGACUCACCCACAGAUCAGCCCCUUAUAUGUGCACGUCUUGAAUUCUAGACCAGUGUUGGCAAGUGCACUGCAAGAUGUCUUGACCCUGACCGGUCAGGAGUGGCAGCUGGGCAGAGGAUCUGAGCUCUGGUCUGGGCUCAGUGGGCAAGUGACAGUGUGAUCUUGAUUAGUGAUGUCUGCCAAGCAACUCUGGCUGGAUUGGUGAUGUCUGCCACAGGCAUGGGCGUGGAAAGGGCAGUAUGUUACCUGCUCUCCUAUCAUUUGUCUUUGGGGUCUGGGAAGGACCCAUUCUGUCUCACAGGCCCUAUGCCAGCUUCCAGCCUCCAAGCCGCCAGGAGACGGAGCAGCGGCCUAGAGCUCGUGCUCCCCUUCUCUGCCUCCUGAUACCACCAGAGCUCCAUGCCUGCUGUAAAGAUUUGGUUUGACGCUC